AUGGUCAUAUCACGGUCUAAAGAUGACCUACAUCGUGCUGCCGCAAGUGAGGAUGGCGAAGGCGAUAUCGGGAACCUUCUCGGAGGUCGUGCCAUGGACACAAGCUAUCCUGUCAUCUACAAGGUUUGGAUAUGGCUUCGAUGCAGAGAACCGCACGGGGGAGACAUACCAGGGGCCUUGGGCAUUGUGCUGGACAGCGCACACUAUGGGCUAAAUGUCGAAGACCCUAAGUGCAGUGGAGAGAAGUCAAUCUACUACACAGUUGGGUCUUUGCUGCCUGCUGCCUCGCUUGGGAACAAGAUGAAAGAUCCGCAAAAGCGGAUGAAACGGAUAGGAUGCGAAACGUACGGAUUCGUCGGAUGGAGCGGAUGGCACUUGCAGAUCAGACAGGAUGCGAAUCAAAGUCUAAGGAAGUUCAUUAAAGGUUGGAUGGAUAGAAAAGUGGGAGGAAGUUACAUGAAUAUUUUCAAGGAACAUAGAGAUAUAGGUAGCAAGUCUAGACCGUGCCAUAAGCUAUCCGAAAAAUACUGGAGUGUGAGAGGAUAUGUCUGUGUUCAGACGGAUGCAGCAGAUGCGCGAGCUAUAGGUGGAGAUCCGAAGGUAUCCGCAUGUCGUCCGAAAAGCAGAUGGGUAUCGGAUGGAAUGGAUAGGUGUCGGAUGGACGUCGGAUGGAUGCCUGAUGCAUUGGAAAAGUGGUGGAUAUGA